CGCCAAACCAAACCUACGUAUUAUAAAUAAAGCUGUUAAUUCCUUGGAAAAUAUUACGUCAUAUAGAUAUAAUUCAUCGUUCUACAAUCAUCUAAAAUGUCUAAGGAAAGUGCUCCUCCAAUGGAAAACGAACAUUUUCAGCAGGGAGGUAUGCCGGAUGCUCCACCAUCUUAUGAACAGUCUACAGCUGCCGCUGGAGGAUUCUACCCGCCUCCACCCAACGCCGUUUAUUCUCCGCCAGCAGCAACCAUGUACCCGCCACUUCCCCCCAACUCUGGGCCUGGUGAUAAGGUUCCGACGGUUGUGCCGAUCGUUACUACGCGUACGCAGGUGCAGUAUAUACCCGCCGUGACCUUCGGUCACCGUCCGCUCAACAUGGUUUGCCCGCACUGUCAGCAGAGCAUCACCACCACUACUGUCGGAGAACCAUCGGUCAUGGCGUACGUUCUCUCUGCUUUUCUCUGCUUCGUUGGGUGCUGGAUCUGUGCUUGCGUGCCCUGUUGCGUGGAUAGUAUGCAACAGGUGACUCAUAGCUGUCCUAGCUGCAAACAUCAUCUGGGAAGAUACAACGGAUCUGGUUAGAUCCUUAAAUUUGGAAAAUUCCGGAAAUUCACAAAUAUUUUGCUGUUUUGGUUUAACGUGAAUUUAUAAUAAUUCAGCAAAACGUAUAUAAGCAGAUCUGAACAGAAAUUUCACAAUUCACAAGCACGCAAAAAAAAUAAAAAAUGCGCAAAUGUGAAAUUGUCGAAUAAGGUAUAAAUCAGUCGAAUUAUGUAUAAUCUGAUCGACAAAACUGAAAAUUUACUAAUUUUGACAGAUGAAUACAACUUCACAAAAUUGCGAGAAAAAAAAACAUUAAA